UGUCUUUCUCACUCCAAAAGCGCAAAAUUGACAAUGAAAACUGUCGGUUUAACCCUGCCUGGACUGACAAAUACUUAUUAGUUUUACCGAGUUUAAUAAUCUUACAACCGGAGUUGUACGACCACGGUGAGGGUCCUGUACAGCCCAAGAGAGAGCUGCAGCAUCUUCCCUUCGUGUUUGCUUCUUGGCGAAGAAGAAAAGGCCUUUCACAGAUUCUGAAACAGUGAAAUACAGCAUGCUGGUCGUGGUGGAUGCGGUGAAAACCAGAUACAGACAUGAUGCUUCCUCUCAGAUAUCAUGCUAGGGACUUUUUCUGACCUUAAAACAGCAAGGCAACGCCACAAAAGCACAACAGACUUUCCUCACCAAAGCAACAUUUCUUUGCUUCCCUCUUAUACUCAUUGUCUUAUAGAUAGAGAACAAGACCUCUUGCGUCGUUGCUCACUCGGGGAGACCAAGAGUCUUUCACGCUACCCUCGCCAUGCCCUCAGCGUGCCUGAAAUCGGCUGCAUUAGUCCCCUUCAUGUCAUUACCCACAGUCCGCUCCACAGCACGUCGCUCUCACCGGCAAAAAGCAACAUAUCCAGCCCUGCUAGAGAGAUGGAGAAGCUUGCAAAGGCCAGGAGUAAACUUCUAGAGAGUGAAAGUAACCAAACCCCUACCAUCACUCCAGAAACAAGAGAACAACUUCGCUAUGUCGCCAAAGAUGGAAAGUGCCGAGUCAACCUUUGUCAUAUUUCAGAAAGGGGCCGUUUCCUGUCUGAUAUCUUUACUUCUUUUGUGGACCUCCAGUACAGAUGGUUCUUAUUUGUCUUCAUGAUGUGCUACAUUGUCACCUGGUUUUUCUUUGCUGUGCUCUACUUCUUGAAUGCUUUCUUUAGAGGUGACCUAGAAAAGGAGAAGCCACUCACCACCCCUGAAGAAAACCUCAUAGACCACGCACCCUGCUAUUUGGGUGUAGAUGAUUUUAUCUCUGCUCUUCUUUUCUCAGUGGAGACACAGCGCACCAUUGGUUAUGUAUCAAUGGUGUCUCCCAGCACAGUGUCUCCCAGCUGCCACGAGGGUGUGGUGCUGGUCAUGACGCAAUGCAUUGUUGGGUCCAUGAUAGGUGCUCUCAUGGUAGGCUGCAUGUUUGUUAAAAUAUCCCGACCCAAGAAGCAAGCGGAGACACUUCUUUUUAGUCGCACUUGUGUCAUUGCUAACCGGGAUGACCAGCUCUGCUUGAUGUUCCGCCUGGGAGACCUCAGAGAAAGUCACAUGGUGGACGCAAAGGUUCGUGCAAAGUUAAUCAAGUCCCGGCAAACAGCAGAGGGAGAGUUCUUGCCUCUCGAGCAGACAGAGAUUAACCUUGGUUAUGAAACUGGCUGAGACCGACUUUUCCUGGUGGAGCCUCAAGUCAUUCGGCACAAUAUUGACUGCGACAGUCCGCUGUGGGAGCUGGGUCCAGAGCAACUCAGAAGACAGCAGUUUGAGAUCAUCGUUAUUUUAGAAGGAAUUGUUGAGGCCACAGGGAUGAUGUGCCAAGCCAAAACAUCCUAUAUUGAAACAGAGAUUGAGUGGGGCGCUCGCUUUGAACCAUGCAUGACGCUGGAGAAGGGCUCAUUCAGAGUGGACCUGCGUCGGUUCCACACCACCUACAAGGUACCACUACCUAACUGCAGUGCCAGCCAGGCACACCAGCUAAUGGCUCUGGCUGACUGCAAAGUCCAAAACCACAGAACCAGCCAAAACUGGGAAAGCUGGGCAGAGGGAAUGACCGAAGAAGACAAAGACAAGCAACCAUCCCAUGGAGGAUUCACUAUUGCUAACAUUCAGGAGGAGAGAGCAUCAGAAGGCAAUGAAAGUGAAGAGGGUACCGAAAAAAGCACGCCAUAAGACAUUUUAACUUUUUUAAAGCUGAAUUGGUCAUAAACACUUUCUCAGUAUGAAGCUUUUUUUCUUUUUUUUAAAAGAUGAUACCAGCAUUUCACUGUAGAAGAAGGGCAGGUGUAAAUAUACAUAAUAAAUAUUUUGAAUUGACUAUUUGCUAAACUUUAUCCCAAAGUAUUGUUGGCACACAGGUCCAGCUUUAAACUAUAGCAAUACACAUAGAAUUUUACAGCAUAAAUGCUUGCAGAUUUACUAUUCUUAGUAAAGUUGAAGUACCAGCAGAUUCUUGAUUUUAGUUGUUACCAAAAUGUCUUUUUUCCUCGUCUAUGGCAUGUCCAAAACAAACCUGCGUUUAAUCUCAUGCAACUAAAUAAAUAGCAGCACUGUA